AUGGGCCCCUGCGAGCGUGUUAUUGAAAUAUUUGGCUCUAAGCGUCCUUUUUGGACUGGACAGUUCAAGCAGAAGGUUCCAGUGCUUGACAUGUUUGGCAAUCCAGCUGUUACCACUGCUGAUAGUUCCAACCCAUGGUGGACUUUAUUAGACGAAGCUGUAAAAAAAGCCGAUGGUAGGCUUGCUAAGCCAGAGAUAUUCCCCGCAUCCACUGAUGCUCGUUAUUUCCGUGAACGUGGUAUACCAGCAUUCGGAUUUUCACCAAUGGCCAACACUCCAAUUUUGCUCCAUGACCAUAAUGAGUUCUUGAACAAAGAAGAAUACUUAAAAGGGAUUGCGAUUUACGAGUCAAUCAUCAAAGAGUUCGCAACUUAUAGCGAGCUUGUUGAGGAUGAAGAAUCGCGGGCGGAGUUGUAAACUGAUGGAAUCUUCCUUGAAUGCGUGCAAGCAGGGGACAAUUUGCUCGUUGUUUUAUUACAGUAGCUCUUGUGAUGUUUCACAUCAACAACUGUUUUCAGCAAAACCUAGUCCUGUAACUUUGGCCUUAGCUGUUAAACUGUGGUACUUGCAAAUUAAAACUGUGAACGAGCUAAAGAUAUAUAUAAUUAGAUUGCUUGCGUAGCAAGUGGA